UGCGAAACUCAGGCAAGAACUCCAGCAGAGAUCACUGAAAAAGGUCCGGUGGGGUCCGCACGCAACGACGUCGGUCAUAGUCAGUAGUUGGUGCCGGUCGUUCAUCAAAAUCGUUUCGCCUCUCUCGGAGCUCCCUCAAAGUCACCGUCGCGGCCUCGAUAACGCGGAAGAGUGAGCCAGUAUCUCGCAUACUCUUGCACGUGAUUAUACCUUCGUAAUUCAAGUGACAGUUGACAGCGUUCUGAUUUUUUAAGUGCCUCUUUUUACUUUUUUUUGAACGAAAUAAAACAAAAAUUAGCAUCGUCUAGAAAAAUUAAUGAAGACGCGACGAUCCAGCUCUCGGAGUUCGGCUUGGAAAACGCGAUUUUACUUUCGCUCUCGCGAAAGUCUCCUUGCAUCGUACGUGGUUUGCAUAUAAAUGCGGAAUGUUGCUUGGCGUGUAGUAAUUUGUGUGGUCACUUGUUAUUGUUCAUUUUCUGAUACGAGGUGUUACUCAAUCUGUCAUCAAUCGCCGUCGAUCGUUACAAAUUAAAGAAAAGCGUUUUAUAAAUCGAAAAAUGCAGUACAAUAAUUUUACUAAUAUGAGAAAAGCCAAAAUGACAGAAUAAGUGCACAUGUAUCAAGAACGUGUCUUAUCAGUAUUAUAAAUACAGAGAUAAGCGAGACACAAGACAAAGAAAAGAUCAUAAAGAAGCGCAAUCAAAGUAAGACACGAAAUUAGUGAUAAUCAAAGAUGUCGAUUGCUUUGCACAUAAAUUGUUGCGUUAUUGCGCUGUUGAUAUUCGCAAGCGAAACUUUUGCAAAUCCCACUUCACGAAAGGAUGAAGAAUUCACCAUCAGAAUUGUUCACACGAAUGAUAUGCAUGCGAGAUUCGAGGAGACGUCGCAAUUAUCGACGGCGUGUACACCGCAGGACUCCGAUGCCGGGAAAUGUUACGGAGGUUUUGCCAGGAUCGCGACCCUGGUUCGCCAAGCGAAGUCGGAAUCGCCGUCGACGAUCUUCCUGAAUGCCGGCGACACUUAUCAAGGAACCGCCUGGUACAACGUGUACAAGUGGAAGGCGGUGUCUUGGUUCAUGAAUCUCUUACAGCCGGAUGCUAUAUCCUUGGGCAACCAUGAAUUCGACGACGGCGUGAAAGGUCUGAUACCCUUCAUACAAAACGCUUCGUAUCCCAUUCUGACAGCAAAUCUGGAUCUCAGCAAGCAACCGGAUUUGGCAGCUACCAAUCUGAAAAACAGCACGAUCCUUGAAGUAAACGGUCACAAAAUCGGAGUGAUUGGCUACUUGACGCCGGAGACGACGGUUCUGUCGAGUACAGAGAAUGUGGAGUUCAAGGAUGAGGUGGAGUCCAUUCGACGCGAAGCUAAGAUGUUAAAAGAGCAGGGUGUCGACAUUCUCAUCGCUCUGGGCCAUUCGGGCUACGAGACCGACAAAAGGAUCGCGCGGGAGGUCGAGGAUAUCGAUCUGGUGAUCGGCGGUCACACCAAUACCUUUUUGUAUCGCGGCAAACCUCCGGACUCCGAGGUGCCGGAGGGUUUCUAUCCUACAGAGAUCAUUCAGAAGAGCGGUAGAAAGACCUAUGUUGUUCAGGCAUACGCAUACACCAAAUACUUGGGUAAUUUUUCCGUGAGUUUUGACGCCAGAGGAGAAGUAACGCACAUCGAGGGAAACCCGAUUCUUGUGGACGCCAAGGUGGAGCAGGCGAAGGAUAUUCUAAAAUUGAUAAGUGAUAAGAGAAAACCCAUUGACGAAAUGGAACACAAAAUAAUUGGAAAAACGCGAGUGCUCCUCGACGGGGACUUCCAGAGCUGCAGACGACAAGAAUGCAACAUGGGCAACUUAAUCUGCGACGCUAUGCUUGAUUACUAUGCCGGGGAAUACUUGAAUAAGGACGGAUGGACGGAUGCCGCCAUCGCGAUCCACAACGGCGGCAGCAUCAGAGCAUCCAUCACCAGAGCAAGAAACGAUGAUAUCACCCGGAAAGACAUUAUAAGUGUCUUACCCUUCGGGAAUAUCAUCGUGAAGCUUUCUGUGACCGGAGAGCUGAUCCUUUCGAUGUUGGAAUGGAGCGUCCAUAAUUUAGAUAACUUAACUUCUACCGGCAACCUAAACGGCGCGUUUCUACAAUAUUCGGGAUUGCAGGUAGCUUAUGACAUAAAUCGACCACCGAACUCGAGGGUAGUUUCCGUUCAAGUGCAAUGUGCUACUUGUCGAGUACCGACGUACAGCAAACUCCAACCAAAUCUUACCUACAAUAUCCUCAUAAAUGAUUUCAUUGCAAAGGGUGGAGAUGGUUUUCAUAUGUUGGAGAGUAUUGAAAGAACUCCGCUAAGUAUCACUCUAGCGGAUGUAUUGGAGCGAUAUAUCGAAAAACACAGUCCGAUAUAUCCGGGCGUAGAGUGGAGAAUUUCGUACGUAAAUAGCAAUUCUUUUUGCGAUGAUAUGAACAAAGGUGAUAAUAAUCUCGGGACGACGUAUCGACCGAUUGGGAUGGCAAUUCUUUUACCAAUAAUUACUUUGUUAUUGAUAGUAUAAGGAAAAUGCUAUCAACAGAGUUGGGCAGAUAUAUAUCUUAAAGUAUCUGAGAUAUAUAUUUAAAUAUAGUAUUUAAAUACCGAAUAAUCAAGUAUUUCGAAUUUUGUAAUUAAUUGUUUAAUUUAAAUG